AUGGCUUCCGGCUCCUCCAUGCUGCGUGCAUUAGAACAAAGUUACAGUUAUCCUGAAGUUGUAAAGAGAGAGAAGGCUGGAGAGGAGGAUGAUGUCUUGGCUGUAAGAUGCAUCCUUUAUCAGAUGGCAACUCUGAACCCACCGUUUUACAGCACCAAUAUGCUCUCCUUGGCAACUAAGAUAGUAGGGGCUAUAUAAGAACCUGUGCCAGAAGGACUGUACUCUGAAAAAGUGUCGUUUACCAUUAAGAGCUGUUUGACUCUUGAUCCAGAGGUACAUCCAGACAUAGUGGAGGUCAGCUCACUGCUGUCUGAUGUUAUGAUGAAAUACCUGGAUGUUCUACCCACCUCUCAUCUCAUGUUGGAGAAGAAACUGGAUCGGGAGAGGAGGUGAACCCAGCAGUACUUCAUGGAGGCUGAUCCAAAUGCAGUAACCUAUCACCACCAACUUUCCAUUUUAUUACAAAAGUUAUUAUUAAAUUAUGAGAAGUUGAGUCUUCAUAGUAGCAGCAAUGGAGCAGCCAGUUGCAAAAGUGAAUUUUCAGAAAAUACUGACCUUCCAGUUGACAGUUGUCAGUCUGCAUGUGGAAAAUAUGAAGAAAUUCUGGUAGAGGACCACAGGACUAUAGAGGAAGCAUCGGCAGGAAUUGCUGUAUCACAGAGGAAGGUGCGUCAGAUCAGUGACCCUGAUCAGCAGAUUCUUGUUCAGCUCCACAAAAUUAUCUUCAUCACUCAACUUCCUCUAGCUUUGCAGUGCAACUUGAAAAGGAGAAUCAUUGAGAGGUUCAAGAAGCCCCUCUUCAGUCGGCAGAGCAGUCCUUGUAAUCCGAAAUCAGAAAUGAAAAAGUUGCUGCAACAUUCUCCUGAAUUGAUUGAGCCCAACAUCUUCACAGCAGAUUGGCACAUCCUACUUCUUUCUUCAGGUGGAAAUAUGUUGCUUCUAGAUGAUAGAAAAGGCAUGGUUAGCACUUCUGACAUGGCAGAAGGGAUGGCAUAUGGGCAGUUGCAGACUCUUAAUUGAAGAGGUUCUAGAGGAAAGUGAUUAUUACAGUUUCUCUUCUAACAGGAGUCUCUACUAUCCAAAGGGAACAAUGAACUAUCCAGCAGAAGAAGAGAAUAUGUGAUUCUGAACAAAGGGUUUGGAAUUGUUCCUAAUGAAGUCAACCUGCCUGUACUUCAGCUGAGACUGAUUACCAAAGGGUCAAGCUUUGCUCAUUAAAUAACAUCCAGAUGGAAUACCAAUGUGGGGCAGUUUCAAGAGACCUCAUGCGGUAUUUUAGGAUGAUACCCUUUAGCUUUGUUUACAGCAUAAGCGUUUUAGAAGGAAUUUUGGGAAAGAUGCUUUCAGGUUUAUAAAUUAGGAGAAAAGCACAGUUCUCAACAGUAAAUACCUCCUAUUUUUAGAAUAUGUUUUUUUUUUUAAAUUGUUGCAUAGUCAGGUUUUCUGGAACGAUAGUUCAGUAACCUUAUUUAUGUCCAUUCAUGUCUUCUGUGGGAAGAAAAAGAGCUUUGUAAUAUGAACAGGCAGAAAAUAUAUCUAGGUUCAUUCUACCAGAAUUAGAGAUAGAUUAAACACCGUCAGUAAUAUUUUAAUAUUUAGAAGGAAUUUCACUUCUUAUAUUUAGAUAAUUGCAAAUUCUAAUGCUAGUGUGGCUUGUUAAUUGUCAUUAUUUGCAAAUGGCAUUGCUUCUGAAAUGAUUAUUAUUUUAAAGCCAGCUGGUUUUACUGCUAUUUCAAAAUGUCUUCAUAUUAUAUGUCUAUCUUUAGCCACACAUUGUAUAGAUCUGUGUACAUACAAUGUGUCAUGUACAUUUAUAUACAUUUUAUAUACACAUGUUUUAAUGUUUAACAGACUUAAGUAAAUUAAAUACAUGCUUUGCUGCUAAUCAAAAUUGUAGUACUUAAAAGCCCUUCCAGAAUUUCAGUGUUUAUUCACUGUAUUAAAUGUAGAUAAAAAUGUCUCAGUGCAGUAGCAGAGAAGCUAUGUUUUUCUCUACAGUUUAGUAAGGAAUACUUAUUAAGGACCAAGGCUUCUCUCUACAGUUGCUACUGUGGCAAUCAAAACUGUUGCAAAUAACCAGAAUGCACUUGGUGAUAUGGUUUUAUUAUCUCUGUUGAAAAUUAUUAGCUUUAUAGUCAUCACAUGAUUACUUGUAAGUAAUUUGAUACAGAUGUAUGUUGUGUACUUUUUCCUUUAUUUUCCCCCCAGUGGUUUGUUUGUAACUAUGAAUAGCUAAUUGGCAUUCAUUUCCUAACAAUUUAAGUGUAUAAUUUUACGUGUAAUGUGUGACUUCAACAUCCUGAAUUGUGAAGCAGUGAAAAAGGGCCCAGUGGACAAUGUAAAAAAUAAUAACAAUAGUAAUAAAAUCUACCCUCUUUUCACAUGUA